CAACUUUAUAAAAAAGUAAAAAAAAUUAGGUAUAUAUAUGUGUGUAAUGUUGCUUGGCAAUUCAAAGUCGAACAUGAGUUUUAGUUUGUUAAAUAAAAAAGUGUGGGUGUGUUAGUUGUAUGGCAUACAUGGCGUCGUCAACUUGGCUGCACAUCCUGCUUGCGGCGGUUUUUACUACCGUUGCGGCGGAUGAUGGUCCGGCGUGCCUUGACCAGGAGGCAAUGCAGAAUCUGAAGGCCAGUCUUGUGUUCCCGACGGGAUCAUCCGUCGUCUACGGCAUGGAAAGUUGGAAUAAGCCGAAUGCAUGCGGGUGGAACGGGAUAUUUUGCGACGUCUCCGGCAGGGUUUGGAAGGUCAACAUCGAGGGUUUCAAUCUCGGAGGCACCCUCACGGCGGCCGGCCUCGGAUCACUUCCCAACCUCCGUGAGCUCUACGCUAAACUCAACAAGUUCACCUCACUCCCGUCCGAUCUCUUCGCUAAUUUGACGAAAUUGGAGGUAGUCUCUCUCGACCAAAACACUUACCUUUCGCCGUGGAACAUCCCGGAGAGUCUCACGGCGGCUCGGAAUCUCUCCUCUUUCUCCGCCGUCAAUUCUAACGUGCAGGGAACCUUACCGGAAUUUCUCACCGGGGAAAACUUCCCGGUCUUACGUUUUCUUGAUCUCUCGCUCCAUAGUUUGUCCGGGCCAAUCCCUUCCCAGCUUCCGGCAACUCUGGAGACUCUCCGGCUGAGCGCACUAAACCAAGAACAUCAUUUGUCCGGCGAAAUACCCGACCUGUCCCACUUCACGUCUUUGAAAGAACUCGACGUGGACUAUAACGAUCUUACCGGUCCAGUGCCGGAGAACAUCCCAUCAACACUGCAAGUUUUGAGCAUGGCGGGUAACCAACUCACCGGACCUAUUCCUCUUUCCAUCGCGAGCUUGACCAGUCUUACCAAACUGGACCUUUCCCUGAAUCAGCUUUCCGGCGAGAUACCGGACCUCUCCCGCCUCACAACUUUGCAAGAAGUGGAUCUGGCGGGUAAUAGUCUGACCGGAGCUAUUCCUCCGACCAUCACGGGUUUGACCAAUCUUUCAACACUCGACCUUUCUGAAAACCAGCUUUCCGGCGAAAUACCCGACCUUUCUCCCCUUGCGUCCUUGAAAAACCUAUACACGCGCAAUAAUAGCCUUACCGGUCCGGUGCCGGAAUCACUGGUGAACCUCACUUUGCUGGAAAAUGUGAUCCUGGCGGAAAACAGUCUGACGGGAACUAUUCCUAGGAGCAUCACGCGUUUGACCCAUCUUUCCGAACUCGACCUUUCUUACAAUCAGCUCUCCGGCUGUGUCCCGCCAAUGACUACCGGCGACUACGGAGAUGAGGAAGUGAUCAAAACAGAGGGAAAUGCCGGUAUAACUGGAACAUGCCCGCCGUGAUUAGGAGGACGACGAUGUCAUGUCUAGCCGGUCCAGAGUCAAGGCUCCAUCUGUUUGUUUCCACAUUUCAUUCUUGUUCACUACCCCAUUUUGCACUAUCCUAUACGUUUUUUAUUUUUAUAUUAAGCCGUAUCUCAAGAUUUCUAGAAGGGCUGCAACUAUGCACUUUCAUUUUGAAUGAGCGUAAUACCACUUUGAUAUAUAGUUUACAGAGGCUACCGGCGACGAAGGUGAGGAAGUGAUCGAAACAGAGGGACAUGCCGGUAU